AUGUUGUCAUCAGCUCCACCUAGAAAGACUUGGUGGAAAUCGAAAGCAGUAAAAGUCACAAGAUCCUAUCCAACUUUCUCUUCCCUGAAUGCCUGGGAAGAAUUCAGGGGCCUCUUGCCUGUGGAUGGAGAACCAACCCCCGGAGUGGGCCUGGGUGUGGAGGAGGGACUGCUCUGCCAGAUGGUUCACUCUCCAGAAUUCAACCUGUUUCCUGACUCCGUGGUGUUUGAAAGCAACUUUGUCCAGGUCAAGAAGGACAGGAACUGGAUCAACAUCUACAAAGCCUCCUACACCAUGGCCCUCGGGGUGACCUCCUCCGUGCCCUGCCUGCCCCUUCCCAACAUCCUCCUCAUGGCCCGCGUCAAAUGGCACCGGGGGCAGAGCCAGACGUGGAACAGACCGUCGCCAGCGCCAAACAUCAUCCUGAAGAGGAUUCUCCCAUUGAAGUUCGUGGAGCUCCAAGUCUGUGACCAGCUCCAACGCAUCCUGCGGUUGAGGACGGUCACAGAGAAGAUCUACUAUCUAAGACUCCACUCUGACCAUCCUGAGACUGUCUUCCACUUCUGGAUCCGACUAGUUCAGAUUCUGCAGAAGGGCCUGUCCAUCACCACCAAAGACCCUAGGAUUCUUAUCACUCACUGUCUGGUGCCCAAGAGCAGCUGCAGCGUCUCAGGAGACUCUAAG